CGCUAAGUGUUAUCUAUCAACUACUGGUUAUUCAGAACAAGGGACAGCUGUAGACACGGACGCUGCUGGCCUAUUGUCAAUUAUUGUGAAUAACAUCGAGAUCCGUAAUUACGUUGAUUGCAUAGAUAAUAUAAGAAAGGUUCGGGAUAUCCGCAAUGAGAUUAUGCAUUCAAAGUCCUUUCAAGUGGAUCAAAGUUCUUUAUAUUAAUAUAUCGAUCAGAUGAUUUUGGUUCUUCAAGAUCCCAAGACAUUAGUCACAGAUGUAGCUUCUCAAAAUGCCGUUUUAAAAUUAGAACAGUUAAAGAGAGAUCAGAUAUACAUAAGCUUAGAAGAUGCUUAUGAAAUGCGAAGACAAGCUUUAAAAGCUGGAGAGGAUGGUAAAAAAGAGAUCGAGAAAACUAAGGACGAAGUCAUUCAACAAAUCGAGAAGAAGGGAAAAGAAAUUCAUGAUAACUUAGAUACACACUUUGACCAGCGAUUACAGGAACAAAACAAGUCUAAAGAAAUUUCUGAUGUUGAAACUCUGAAUUCUGGGCUGACAGAAGAUGAAAAAGGUCUCCAAAGAUAUUUACUGGAAUUUUAUAGAAAUGAAUAUAUUCAGAUACCAAUUUCUCCACUUUCUACAAAGUACAGAAAAAGCGUUGAGGAGCUUUAUGUCCCGUUACAGGCAAAGAUAUUUUGCAAACACAAGAAUGUAGCCGCAACCAAACUAGUUGAUGUGUUUCAGCAAGACAAUAAAGUCAUGCGCAGCAUAUAUCUAACCGGAGAAGCAGGGAUAGGAAAAUCAACUUUUUGCAGGAAACUGAUUUCACUAUGGUGUACUGUUAGAGAAAAUGAAGGAAAAUUACCACAUGAUUAUACUCCUGUUUUUGAUUUUAUAAACAAAUCAUCGACAGGGAACAGCUCUAUUCAGUCCGUUGAAGGGUUUGAAGAUUAUAUGGAUGGUUUUUAUUAUGAGAGUUAUAUGUCCGAUGAAAGUGAUACGUCGCAUACAGAAUGCAGUGGUGAUGAUAGUUCUCUGUGUAAUGAAGACCUAAACACAGGUGCAACAGAAAAUGCUUUCACAAGUUAUAAAAGCAAUAAAGAUUCCCUCAAUUCAGCCGCUAAAAAAUCACAGAUCACAGGUGACGACACAGAUAAUGCAUUAAUCAAAAAAUAUGAUUUCCUUUUCUUCAUAUCUCUUCGCGAUACUCAUCUAGAGGUCUCCAUUGAAGACAUGAUAGUAAAGCAGCUUCUUUUUCAAAAUUCAGAACUUGACAAAUGUUUCAAAAGCACAAUAGUUAGAAUUCCAGAAAAAUGCCUUUGCAUUCUUGAUGGAUUGGACGAGUGGCAACCACCCAAACCUUUGCCAACACAUCCUACUGUCACAAGAGGUUUGCCUCUAAGCUCUGUUGGUGGAAAAUAUGUCAAAUUGUUUACGACUCGGAGAUGGAAAUACGAGAGUCUCAGUCCAUGCAUUGAAGAACAUGAAUCAGAAGUUAGACUGACGGGCAUAGGGAAAAAAUCAUCAAAGGCGCUCAUUGAAAAUAUGUUAGUGUCACAAGAUCGCACAAUUGCAUUUGAAACGGCAGUUAGCUUGAGCGAUACAAAUGAUUUGGGUUCUAUUCCUCUCCUACUCAAAUUAUUAAUUUGCUUAUGGCAAGAAAACUCUAAACUUGAAACAUCUAAAACAGAGUUGUAUUGUUCAAUUAUAAAUAUUAUGCUACAUCUGGCUGAAAAAAGAAAUGAUUUGCCUUUUGUUAUUUCAACUCAACAAUUACCACAUAUGCUGGAAGUAUUUCCCUACAUUAAAGACAAUAGCAACAUUGUUUUCAAGCUUUCACAAUUUGCAUUUGAUUCAUUGUUUAAAAAGCGCAAUGAGUCUACGUUGGUUUUUUCUAUGUUUGAUCUUUCACAGCAAGGUUUGAGUUCAAGAGAAAUUCUUUUAUUUCUGCAAACGGGAAUUCUUACACAAAAGUCUUUAUCUAGUGAAUCAACUUUUAUCCCGAAAACAUCAUUGUCGUUUAUCCAUAAAAGUUUUCAAGAGUAUUUUGCAGCCGUGCAUAUUGCUACUGCUGACAGUGACAAAAAUGAAAUUAGAAAAAUUAUUGCCUGUAGAUGCGGUCAAACGUAUCAAAUUGUUGAGAUGGCAAAUGUAUUUUAUUUCUUAGCAGACUUACACCAAGACUUGUAUCAAGAAAUAUUAAAAGAAAUAGCGUCACAUUGUCCUGACAGAGGCAUCGCCUUGGGCCACGAAUUAGAUCUCACGUUGAAAUUAAAAGGAGAAGAUAUUUGUCUAACUGAUAUAUUCUUAAGAGGUAACCCAAAAUCCGUUGUGAUAGAAUCAACAAAUUACGGCAUUAAGGGGCUUUCGUUAUCAAGACAAAACCAGAAACUUCAAAUUUUAGAGCUCAGAAGUGUAAGUUUGACACAUAUUGCAUUCAAGACGUUGCUAGAAAGUAUUUCUAUUUCAGGAAAAGGAGUUGAUGUCACUCUUAUAUGCAUAGGUUGGAUAGAUGGACACUUUGAAAAAGAAAUGUUCCCACUAUCUGUUCAUGUACGGAACGUUGGAAAAUUGAAAAUCAAAUUCACAAACCUUACCAAAGUGGAAUUUAUCCUGCCUCAAAAUAUUUGUACUGUUGAAUUUACUGAGAAUGAUAUGACAGACAAUGGUUUGAGCACAAUGAUAAAUUCUGUUUCAAAAACAAAAGGUGAUAUUGAAAUGACCUUCCAUCGUAUAAAGCUCAGAAAAUCUAAAUAUACGCAUUGUAAUUCUGAUUGUCCACUUUUGAACAUCACUGUUAAUGCUUGUGAAGUUAAUAAACGCAUCACAAUAGGAGAAAUAAAAAUUUGUAAAAGUUAUAUUACUCAUACAGGUACAUGUUCUGAUUUGCAGAAUGUACAAUUGAGAGAAUUAACGAUUAAACGUGUUGACCUCACAAUCGUGUCGUUUUCGUCUGUAGAAAUUGACAAUUUUCAUCUAAUAAAUGCAAUAUCAAAAGGUUUAGGUAAGUUUAAAGUUUCAAGUCAAAAUCGACAGCUUCAGGUUUUAGAGCUAGAGUGUGUAUGUGUGAAAAUGAAAGCAUUCGGGUCAUUUCUAAAAAAUAUUCCUAUGUCGGAUUACGGUGUUGAUGUGACUCUAGUUAAUAUCAUUUGGAUUGAAGAAGACCUAAACCGAGAGUUUUUGAUUGAUGUAAAGAAUAUAAGGAAGUUAAAAAUUCAAUCUACAAGUCUUGCAAAAAUAAAAUGGAAACUAUCUAAGAAUAUUCGUACGGUUGAAUUGAUUGAUACUACUAUAACAUCCAGAAGUCUGUCUACAAUAAUCGAAUCUUUUCGAGAUACAGAAUUUAAUGUUGAAUUAUUGAGCUUGAAUAAUACUUGGUACUCAAUGUCCAAAAUAUCCAAAAUAGUACUGAAUCGUUCUCAGAUAAUCGAUGUGACAUUAGGGGCAACCAUUAAAAGCAUAGAAAGCGUGUCCCAAGAAAGCAACUGUAAGAUUCAAAGUUGUCCCCUAAACGAGUUAUGGAUUGAAAAUACCGAUAUCGAGGGUGUGUUCUUAAGUUCAAAGGAAUUUGACAUUAUUAACUUUGUGGAUUUAACGAUACAAAUUAAAGAAUUAAAGAAAAUCCUAGGGAAAAAAAUAAUUGGGCAUCUUUGUACGGUCUUAGAAAAUUUCAAAGAAGAUGAUAUCGUUACAUUUACAGGUAGCAAUACUGAUGAAUUACUUAUUAGUGAUAGAUUUAACCUUCGAUACCAAAAAUCUAAUACUCCUCUUGAGAUAAGUGUGAAUGAUAAUAAAGUGGUAUCAGUGUUGACAAUAUCAAAUCGAUAUUUAAAACCUGAACCAUUGUUUGGCAUUUCCGAAGUUUUCAGCGUUGUAGGGUCUAGAAACGAUUUAAGGGAAGUAAUAAAAUUCAUUCCCCCAAUCGAGCAAAUGAAGUUGAAUUUACAUUUUGAAAAUAUAACUUAUCUAUCUACAAACAAUUUUGCAUAUUUAGUAGAACAACUAAGAAACAGUGCUUGCAAAAUAUUUUCUGUAACGAUGGACAAUGAUGAGGGAGAUAUACAUGUGAAAGAUCGUGUGGCAUAUGUAUAUGACACAUUAAAACCGGAAUAUGAACAAAGUAAAGGAAGACCUGUGUUAGAUUUGAUUAAAUCUUUUUUUGAAGAUUUCAUGAGGAUCUCAAAUCAACAUCUCUAAGAGGCUGUAGCCAUACAUAGAUUAAAAGCAGAAAAUGAACGUUCGAGUUUUUAAAACUUGACUGAGUGACUUUGUCCUUCUUUAUUAAAGGAAUUUUAUAAAUUGCAUGCUUAGUGAUAUAACUUUUUGAUGAAACUUUUAUAAAAAGAGAAUGAAAACUGUUUUACAUUUAAUACCUUCUGAAUAUAUGUUCUUUUAUACAUGUUAUACGUGCAAUAAAUGUUUUGUUUUCCUGCCAUAUCUGUUGGGAGCAUUUCACAAUGCAAACGAAUACAUUUGUUCUUACACACU